AUGGAUGACCACAGCGGUACCCCUGUUGAAAAGACCUUGUCUUCCUGCACUGAAUGCCGCCGCAGGAAAGCAAGAUGUGAUCGGGUAAAUCCUUGCAACAAUUGUGCCCGUUUUGGUCGAACGUGUAUCUAUGAGAGAGUCUCGAGAACUCCUUUGACUAGAAAACACCUGACCAAUGUCGAAAGAGAGCUCGCUAGAGCCAAAGCCCUCCUUCGCCAGUACGAGGGUAAUCGUUCCCCUUCAGCAACUCUCGGUGCAGAAGUGGAUGGAUCCCCCUAUGGUACCCAUGCUCCUCGCGACAAUGAUUUAUCGAUGACCCAAACAAGGCCACAGCAAACGAAUACAUCUGCCUUAGUUACAUUCGAGGACAGACGCGAUCAAACGUCGAGACACUCGGCGGAAGGCCACGUGGUCGAGAACGGCAUCCUCCGAGGACAAUCAACCACCGUCAAUGGCCACACCGCACGGACAAAUAGUCCGACAUUUACCCUUGAGACAUCACCCGCGAGUGGUGAAUUCGACUGGGAUGAACGUGUGCAAAAGGUCAGCCAGGCCCAUUUUAUCGAUGGGAUGGCGAGCCUCCCAGAACGCUCAAGCCGAGGAUACAUGGGCGUCGCAUCGGGAGCGGCCCUCCUCAGACUUGCUGAUAGCACGACUGAUUCGGGGGUUGACAUGGAAAACGGCCACCACGAGGACCAUAUACAGGAAACACCACCCAUCCCAAAUGUUAUAUUCUCCUUGUCACAGCUCGAACCUUUCGUGGACGCCUACUUUCAGACUUAUCAUAUCUCCUACCCCAUCGUACAUGAAGCCACCUUCAGGGCCCAAUUCAUGGAAGUCGUUCCGAGACCCAAAGGAAACGCUUGGCAAGUUCUGCUACACAUCAUUGCGGCCUUGGGCUCAUUUGCAGCCGCGGUGACCGCUCCCGAAGUUGAUGUGGCCUUAUUUGAAGCUGCCAAAGCCCGCAUGUCAAUUGACAUGUUGGAGACGGGAAAUAUUGUCCUGGUGCAAGCUCUGACCUUGAUAUCAAACUAUGUUCAGAAGAGAAAUAAACCGAAUUCGGGGUAUAAUUACCUGGGUCUGGCCAAACGAAUGGCCAUGGGGAUUGGCCUCCAUAAAGAGUUUCCGGCAUGGCACUCGACACCGAUGAGGUUGGAGAUCAGACGACGUGUCUACUGGUGUCUCUACAUCUUCGAUGUUGGAGCGACUAUUACCUUUUCUCGACCUUUGGACUUGCCGCAAGAAGGAAUUGAAAUACAGCUGCCCCUCAACGUUGCGGACGGUGACAUCACCAUCAACACUAAAAGAUUUCCUUCUGAGGUUCAGGAAACCACCUUGUAUACACACGUAAGGUGUCAGUCUCGAUUUCAUCUAGCAACGGAGGGAAUCUAUGCGAAAUUAAUCUCCGCUCAUUUUCCCUCCGCGGAAGAAAUGCUACAAGCAGACGAUUCUCAUCUUGUCAAGUGGUUGCAAGAACUUCCAUCUUACUUUCGAGAGGGAGCCAAUUUGGCACCGAAGUUCCGCCUUUGCCAUUCGGUAUUGCAAUGGCGCUGGAGAAACUUCCGUAUCUUAAUGUAUCGCCCAUAUCUCAUGCGAAAGUUUAUGACGAAACGACGGUCUACCCUUCCGAAUUCCGUUUGGGAAGAUAGCGCGAUUCAACGAUGUUUGGAGGCCGCUGCGGAAUCCAUUCAGCUCAUCACCAAUUAUUGGCAACAUGGGACCCAAAAUGUCCUUGCGUGUUGGUACUCGUUAUAUUUUCUGUUCCAAGCGACUCUGAUCCCCGUUAUCUGUCUCCGAAACGAACCACACUCCGCCCUUGCCCCGGGAUGGCGAAACCAGGUCUUUGGCGCCCUCGAGACGAUUUCAGACAUGACUCGUCUGAACUCGGCAGCGUCACGCUGCUAUAAUGUGAUCAUGAAGCUGUGCGGAGCGUACCUCGCUCAGGACAUGUCGCAGUGGGACUCGCCCACCAGCGAAAGUCCCUUGACCCAGCUCAAUGCGCUCAAUUCAUUCAUGUGGCCAAUGACCGACCCACAACUUUCGAACGGUCACGAUCUUGCCUUUUUCGAGUCUGUCCCGUUCGACUUUGUGAACCAAUUCACGAUGUGA